AGAUUAUACGAUGACAGUAGAAGUUAUAUAACACAUAAUACUAUAGAAGAUAACCUUUUAUUUUUUGAGAUUCAAGAAGAGUUAUUGGGCAAAGUAGAUGAAGUUAAAGAAAAGUUACGUAAAAAACAUGGCAUAUUGAACAAAAUAGUUUCACCAUUUAAAAGUCUUGAUGAAAAGGAAAUAUAUCUCGUAAUUGGAUUAAAACUAUUAUAUGAUUUAACUAUUGAAUUGGAAUGUGCAAGAAGUAGAUUUAAGCUUUUGAAUCCAGAAUUUGUUAAAGAUAUAUCAGACUUUUGGGGAAAACUUACUUAUGAACUGCAACUAAGCAAGGAAUUAGUAAAUAUUUUUAAGGAAAGUGAAUGUGAAUUAUAUAUAAAGGAAUCUUGCCAUCAUUGUAUUGUAGAAAAUCUGUCAAAAAUAGGUUGUUUAAUUAAUGAUUUUGUUAGAAAUAUUACAGCCAAAAAGAUUGCAAAGAACGAACAAUUUUUUAAAUGA